AUAUUUUUGAUAUUUUUUUUUUAUGAAAUAUUUAUUUUCUUUUUGCGUUAAAUAAAUAAUAUUAAUAGCCAUAUUAGUUACAGUUAAGGUGUGUGAAAUAUUCAAAAACGACAAGGAAAUCCAAAAAUCGUCCUUAAUUCGAAAAUCGACUAAGAACAAGAACAAGAACAGUACUACAGCACAUAAACAUGUCCUACCUGUCCACGCACUUUCCAUCCCUCAUACUUAAAAGCUCCUUAAGUUUGCGAAAAUCAUCGAAUUUCGAUGCAUUAAAUUCAGGUUUUACCAACUUGGAAUUAAUUGCACUACAAAAAGCCUGGAGCACCAUAGAGCCAAGAUUGCGUCAGCUCUCCACUGAGAUAUUAACGGACUUAUUUUCAGAGCAUUAUGAGAUUAUGGAUAAAAUUCGCGAAGACGAUGGCAAAUUAUGUAACUUCGAAGUAAUAAAUCACAUAUAUUGGCUACUACUACUCUAUGGCACCAUCAUCAAGCAUAAUUUGACACCAAUGAAGACACGAAAAGUAGUGGAACCGUUAACAGUGCAGAUGGGAAAAUAUGCCAUGGAUUUGAAUUCCAUAAAUAUUCAAUUGGAUUGCAUUAAAAAACAUUUACUCGCCAAACUGGCCUUUGCAUUAUCACCAACAACAGUUGCGGCUUUCGAUAGACUUAAUAAAAAUAUUAUAAAACAUAUAUUUUUUAAAAUUAAAUACUACGCAAAGUAGCUUAGGACUACGGACAAAUAGAGAAAUGCUCAAGUUGGAUAAAUAUAUGUAUGUAACUUGUGCUAUGAAGUAACCGAUUUGUCUGCCAAAAAAUGGAGCAGGAUCGAAAUACUUUGGAUACUGAAAAAGUCAAGCAAGAUUUGGAGCUCAAUAUUUGGAAUAUGGUACAUAUGUAGAUACCUUAUAUAUGUAUGUAAAUAUAUGUUAGGAACAAUACGAGUAUAUGAAAUAAAUACAA